UCGAUGUUGAGGAUGAUGAUAAUACAAGAAUACCAUACAAACACGCUUGAAUGAAACCAUAACUUCGAAUAUAACUUUUUUUACCAAAAAUUGUGUGAAAAUAAGAAAAAAAGGCAGCAAAAAAAUUAUUCAUUCGUUCUUUCAUAUCUUCCAGUUGAAUUUUCAUAUAAAAUUAAUCACAAAAAAUGAUUCAAUCUCCUUUUUCGAUCAUAUUGGCCUGUUUAUUCGCCAUAACUUCAACUGUUUUGUGCCAAAGACCACCACAAUUCUCAUUCAAUCCAUCUUCAUCAAAUCAGCCAUCAUCAUUGCCAUAUCAGCCACCGGCAGUUGUACCAGCACAGCAACCACAACCACCAAGAGCCAUAUUGAAUCAAAAUAGUUUCCAACCAUCUAAUCCAAAUAUUCAUCUUGGUGGUGGAUCAUCUUUUCAAUGUCUCGACGAUUUUGGAUUUUAUCCACAUUUAAAAAGUUGUGACAAAUAUUGGGCAUGUGAUAAUGGUACGGCUACAUUGAAAACCUGUGGUAAUGGUCUAGUGUUCGAUGAUUCUGAUACGAGACGUGAAAAUUGUGCUUAUCCAUUUUCUGUCGAUUGUGGUGAUCGAUCUGAUCUAGAACCACCAAUUAGUACGCCUCAUUGUCCACGAUUAUACGGUAUUUUUUCUGAUCCAUCCAAUUGUCGAAUUUUCUAUUCGUGCUGGAAUGGAGAAGCUUCAAGAUAUGAAUGUCCACCAGGUCUAGCCUAUGAUGAUGAUCAACGUGUUUGUGUUUGGGCUGAUCAUGUUGAUCGUUGUGAUCAAUCAGAAGUAAGCGAUGGCUUUGUUUGUCCAGAUCCAACUGAAACCGAUCAGCCCGGUCAUUAUACUCGACAUGCUCAUCCAACCGAUUGUCGUAAAUUUUAUGUCUGCAUUGAAGGUGUUGCUCGUCCUUACGGUUGUAGCCUUGGAACUGUAUUCAACGUCGAUACGCUUCAAUGUGAUGAUCCAGAAAAUGUACCUGGAUGUGAAAAAUACUAUGGAGAUUUGGACUCGAAACAAGUGAAAAAAUUACAACGAAGUUAAUUUUGAA